UCGUUGCCGGUUUUGAGGAAGUUGAUUUCAUUCUCGCGCUCUUUAUCUCUCUUUCUCUAUCUUUCUCCGGUGUCUCCGGCCAUCUUCUCCUUCUCCGGUCUCUCCUCCGGCGAAAAUUUUCAAGUUUACUGGGAAACUUACAUUUGCAAGAGCACGAAAAGCCGAUACCAGCUGAAACAGUGAAGCUUUACCCUUGAUUCUCGGAGCAGCAAUUCAUCGGAAUUUCCCAACUCCGAAGCUAGGGUUCGAAAUUCUUCAGAUAAUCUCACCAUUUCUUUUCGCAAGAAAAUCUGAUAUACCCAAAAAAAAAGAAGAAAAAUUGGAGGUGGGUUUUGGAGAGUUAGCGCGGAAUUUGAUGGUUAGAACGGCGGAGACUUCACGUAGUCUUGUUUGCUUAGGAUGAACGGUGCUCCGUUUUGCGAUCGGAGAGGGUUGCUUCAUUUUGUUAAAACCUCUCUCUCAUGGAAUGGCAGAUCUUGUGAGCUACGGUAAUGUCGAGCGUGACAUCGAGCAGGCUCUAAUUGCUUUGAAGAAAGGUGCUCAACUCUUAAAAUAUGGUCGGAAAGGGAAGCCUAAGUUUUGUCCGUUUAGACUCUCCAAUGAUGAGACCUCUUUGAUCUGGAUUUCAAAUGGUGGAGAAAAACGUCUGAAGUUAGCAACUGUAUCUAAGAUUGUUCCAGGACAAAGAACUGCUGUUUUCCAACGUUACCUUCGCCCUGAAAAGGAUUAUUUAUCUUUUUCUCUCAUAUACUCCAACAAGAAGCGGACUCUUGACGUGAUUUGCAAGGAAAAAGUUGAGGCAGAGGUGUGGAUUGCAGGCCUAAAAGCUUUGAUAUCUGGUCAGGGUGGCCGCUCUAAAAUUGACGGCUGGAGUGACGGUGGCCUCUCUAUUGCUGACAGUCGAGACUUGACAUUAAGCAGUCCUACCAACAGCUCGGUUUGUGCUUCUCGAGAUUUCAACAUUGUUGACACUCCUUACAGUUCAACUACUUUUUCGAAGACUUCUAGAACUGAGAACUCUGUCAGUUCUGAAAGGUCACAUGUGGCAUCAGAGAGCCCAAAUAUGUUAGUACGUGGGCCUGGAUCGGACGUGUUCCGGGUUAGUGUCUCUAGUGCUCAAAGCACCUCAAGUCAUGGUUCUGCUCCAGGUGAUUGUGAAGCUCUAGGUGAUGUUUAUAUAUGGGGUGAAGUGCUAUGUGAUAAUGUUGUCAAAGUUGGGGCUGAUAAGAAUGCUAGUUGUGUUGGUUCAAAGUCUGAUGUUCUGGUUCCAAGGCCAUUGGAAUCUAAUGUUGUUUUGGAUGUCCACCAAAUAGCAUGUGGUGUUAAGCAUGCUGCUCUAGUAUCUAGGCAAGGUGAAGUAUUUACAUGGGGUGAAGAAUCUGGAGGACGUCUUGGGCAUGGAAUGGGGAAAGAUGUUACAGGGCCACAGCUUAUUGAGUCUCUACCUGUUUCUAGUGUUGAUUUUGUUGCCUGUGGUGAGUUCCAUACAUGCGCUGUUACAAUGACUGGAGAGAUUUACACAUGGGGUGAUGGAACACACAAUGCAGGACUUCUUGGCCAUGGUACUGAUGUAAGUCACUGGAUACCUAAGAGAAUAUCAGGUCCUCUUGAAGGUCUUCGCAUUGCUUCCGUGUCCUGUGGACCGUGGCACACUGCUUUGAUAACAUCAACUGGACAUCUUUUCACUUUUGGAGAUGGGACAUUUGGUGUUUUAGGUCAUGGUGACAGGGAAACUGUAUUUUACCCGAGAGAAGUCGAAUCUUUAUCUGGUUUGAGGACUAUUGCCGUUGCAUGUGGUGUAUGGCAUGCUGCUGCAGUAGUAGAGGUCAUUGCAACUCAGUCAAGUUCAAGUAUACCUUCAGGAAAGCUGUUCACAUGGGGUGAUGGUGACAAGAACCGUCUUGGUCAUGGAGAUAAAGAGCCUCGGCUUAAACCGACAUGUGUAUCAGCCCUAAUCGACCACAGCUUUCACAAAGUUGCAUGUGGACAUAGUUUAACAGUUGGAUUGACCACGUCGGGAAAAGUUUUCACGAUGGGUAGUACAGUCUAUGGUCAACUAGGGAAUCCCACUGCUGAUGGGAAGCUUCCUUGCUUAGUAGAGGAUAAACUAACUAAUGAUUGUGUCGAAGAAGUAACAUGCGGAGCUUAUCAUGUAGCAGUUUUAACAUCUCGUAAUGAAGUGUUUACAUGGGGCAAGGGUGCCAAUGGGAGGUUAGGCCAUGGAGAUAUGGAGGACCGUAACGCACCCACUCUUGUUGAAGCUUUGAAAGAGAGACAUGUAAAAUAUGUUGCUUGUGGUUCAAACUUUACAGCAGCAAUAUGUCUUCAUAAAUGGGUUUCUGGUACUGAGCAAUCUCAAUGUUCAGCUUGUAGGCAGGCUUUUGGAUUCACACGAAAAAGUCACAAUUGUUACAACUGUGGACUUGUCCAUUGCCAUUCAUGCAGUUCCAAGAAAUCACUUAAAGCUGCUAUGGCUCCUAAUCCAGGAAAGCCUUACCGUGUCUGCGAUUCAUGUUAUAUUAAACUGAGUAAACUAUCAGAAGCUAGUAUUGAUAGCAGGAAGAAUGUCAUGCCACGCCUUUCCGGUGAGAACAAGGACAGAUUGGAUAAAGCUGAGCUAAGAUUGGCUAAAUCUGGAAUACCGUCAAAGAUAGAUUUGAUCAAGCAGCUAGAUAACAGGGCAGCUAGACAAGGAAAGAAGGGGGACACAUUCUCUCUUGUCCGCACUUCUCAAACACCUCUACUGCAGCUUAAGGAUGCUUUUAGUAAUGUGGCCGAGUUACGGCGUGGGCCACCAAAACCAGCCGUAACUCCAUCUGGAGCAAGCUCAAGGUCUGUGUCACCUUUCUCAAGGAGAUCUAGUCCUCCUCGUUCAGUCACUCCCAUUCCUUCGACGGUUGGACUUGGUUUUUCAACAAGUAUAACUGAGAGUUUGAAGAAGACAAAUGAGCUUAUGAAUCAGGAAAUGGUCAAAUUGCGUGCCCAGGUCGAGAGCCUGAGGCACAGGUGUGAGGUCCAAGACUUUGAAGUUCAGAAAUCUGUGAAGAAAGUACAAGAAGCAAUGAAACUGGCGUCAGAGGAGUCCGCAAAAUCUGAAGCUGCAAAAGAAGUUAUAAAAUCUCUUACAGCACAGCUAAAGGAUAUAGUUAAGCUGUUACCACCAGGUGCUUACGAAGCUGAGAGCACACGGACUGCUAAUCUGCUGAACGGGUUUGAGCAAAACGGAUUUCACUUUAAUGGACAACGUGCAUCACGAUCUGAUUCAAUGAGCGACACCUCUCUUGCAUCGCCUUUGGCUCUGCCCUCACGUUCAAUGAAUGGACUCUGGCGAAACUCGCAGUCGCCAAGAAACACAGACGCAAGCACCGGAAGAGACGAGCUUCAAAGCGACGGGGUUAGAAUCAGUAAUGGUUUCUCAGAAGAUGGCCGAAACUCAAGAAGCUCAGCAGCAACAUCAAAUGCUUCUCAAGUGGAGGCGGAGUGGAUCGAACAGUAUGAACCAGGUGUCUAUAUAACACUACUGGCCCUAGGUGAUGGAACCAGAGAUCUCAAACGUGUCCGCUUUAGCCGGAGAAGAUUCAGGGAGCAACAAGCAGAGGCAUGGUGGUCAGAGAAUCGUGAGAGAGUUUACGAGAAGUACAACAUUCGCGGUACGGAUAGAUCAAGUGUGCAAUCUCAAUUCCAGACAUGAACUAAAAAACAACAGCGAACGCAAAAGCAUAGGUAGCAGUUUAACUUUUAUUUUGCAGAGUAUAUAGAGAAUCUAUCGUGUUAUUGACAAAGAGUUUGUCGUGAGUUUGAUGUUUUUUUUUUUUUGUUUAACUAAUCGACUCAAACCUGAUGAUAACUAUUUUAAUGUGGAAAUCGUAAGUUAAACUUACA